AUGAAGACUUUGGGGGUUAUCGCAACGCUGUGUGGCCUCUCGGCAGCAUGGAUGCCCGGAGUACACAAGGAUAUCUACUCCAAAGAAGGCAAAAACCUGUUUGAAAAGAGUGUAUCUUCCACCAGAAAGCGCUACCUGCCAGGUUCUGGAAAGAUCCGCGGUGUCAACCUCGGCUCCCUGUUUGUGUUUGAGCCAUGGAUUGCUGAGACUACCUGGAGCAGUAUGGGGUGUGGCAAUCAGAAUUCUGAGUUUGACUGCGUAAACUCGGAGGGCCAGGAUACCGCCAACACCAAUUUUUCCGACCACUGGGGCUCAUGGAUUGUGGAGGAAGACUUUGCCAACAUGACCAGUUACGGACUGAACACGAUCCGGAUCCCGGUAGGAUACUGGAUCCGUGAGGAUCUUGUCUACACAGACAGCGAGCACUUCCCGCAAGGCGCCCUAUCCUACCUCGAACAAGUCUGUGGGUGGGCAAGUGACCAUGGACUAUACAUCAUCAUCGAUCUCCAUGGUGCUCCCGGUGCCCAGGUUUCCCAGAAUGCCGACACCGGUCAGUUUGCUGAUACCCCCGGAUUCUAUGUCGACUAUCAAUUUGAGCGUGCCCUUCAAUUUCUGGAGUGGAUGACUACCAACAUUCACAGCAAUGACAAUUUCCGCAACGUGGGCAUGCUUGAGAUUGCCAACGAACCUGUGCAGGACUCGACCCAGGUUGGCGAUCUACUCUCGUCUUAUUAUCCGAAUGCCUUUAGUAGAAUCCGUGCCGCCGAAAGCGCUCUCAACGUCACAGAAAACAACGAAUUGCACAUUGAAAUGAUGAAUAAUUUAUGGGGCUCUGGCGACCCUACCCAAUACCUGACCGACAACUACUUUGCCGCGUAUGACGACCACCGCUACAUAAAAUGGGACAGCAGCGUCGCGGUCAGCCAGGAUAACUACAUUAGCACAUCUUGCAACGACGACCGCGGUGGCAACACGCCGACAAUCGUCAGCGAGUGGAGUUUGAGUGUACCGGAUGAUGUUCAGUGGAAUUCCGACUGGGACCCGAGCACCAACCAGGAAUUUUAUAAGAAGUGGUUUGCGGCCCAGGUAAUGACUUAUGAGAAGCAAGACGGCUGGGUGUUCUGGACAUGGAAGUCGGAGCUCGGUGACUACCGCUGGUCAUACCAGGAUGCUGUCACUGCUGGCGUCAUUCCCACCGAUCUCGACACUGUUUACGACCUCGGAGUAUGCUGA